AGCUUCCCGUUACCAGGAAGUGACACAUCUGCCGGCGGAAGACUGCAAGUUUUGAUGUAGCAGCGCGCGCCAAAGUGCACGCACGGCAUGUACGUCGGAUUGUGUCAGUAGGGAAUGAACCGUAGGUAGCUGGCUUUAUAAAAAAAGUAGUAUUUAUAUAAAACUGCUCUUACUCGACUGACAUAUAACGUCAACGGAGGUGGAAUAGGGACGGCAUGUCUUCACGGUAGUUUAUUUUUUUGGAGAAACUUGCUGGCUAGCCGUGAUGUUUUGCAACUCACUAAAGUCUUGAAGCUAAGUUGCAAUAACGUUAGUUGUAGCUAGCUGGCUGGCUUGCCAGUUACAGUUUUUUAUUUAAUUUUUAACUUCAAAUACUAAUCAGUUCGCUGUUUUCAUGAACUACGAAGCUCCUGUGUUGUCAUACGAGACUUACUCAGCCGGGUGAAAGUCACGUAGCCACAGCUACGUUAACUCGUGCUAGUUUACUUGGUAUUUUGCUGGCGAGUUUCUACAGGAGUGCAGUGACGGGUACCUAUUGAUUGGUUUCUUACCCAAACAGAAGAUGGCUGUGCCGUUUGUACAGGACUGGGAUUUGGUGCAGACUCUCGGUGAAGGUGCAUACGGAGAGGUGCGUCUGCUGGUGAACAGGAAGACGGAGGAGGCGGUGGCGGUGAAGGUGCUGGACGCGUCGCGGGCCAAGGACUGCCCCGAGAUCAUCCGGAAGGAGGUGUGCAUCCACAAGGUGCUGUCGCACCCCAACAUCGUGCGCUUCUUCGGGUUUCGGCGCGAGGGACACACGCGCUACCUCUUCCUGGAGUACUGCAGCGGGGGAGAGCUCUUCGACCGCAUCGAGCCGGACUUGGGGAUGCCCGAGAGAGAGGCACAGAAGUUCUUCCAGCAACUGAUCGCAGGCGUGGAGUACCUCCACAGUGUGGGGAUCACGCACAGGGACAUAAAGCCGGAGAACAUACUGCUGGAUGACAAAGACAACGUGAAGAUCUCGGAUUUCGGGCUGGCCACCAUGUUCCGGCACGGCGGGCGGGAGCGGCGGCUGACCCGGCUGUGCGGGACGCUCCCCUACGUGGCGCCGGAGCUGAUGUCCCGCGCGGAGUUCAGCGCCCAGCCCGCCGACACCUGGGCCUGCGGCAUCGUCCUCACCGCCAUGCUGGCUGGGGAACUGCCGUGGGACCAGCCCACUGAGAGCUGUCAGGAGUAUUCCGAUUGGCUGCAGAAGAAGACCUACCUCACGCCCUGGAAGAAGAUUGACGCCAUGCCCCUCAGUCUGUUGACCAAGAUCCUGUUGCACGACCCUGAGAAGAGGAUCACCAUUCCAGACAUCAAGAAGGAUCGCUGGUUCUGCAAAAGCUUCAAAACGGAAGAGAAGCGGCAGUGCGACCCUCAGGGGCCCGUCACCAAGCUGCUGCGGUCCGACUCGGAGCAGGGACCCCUGUCCCGCACCGGCAGUGAGGACCGGGCGCAGAUAUCCAGCUCCCAGCCCGAGCCGGUGGGCGUGUGGUCCUGGGAUUCUGCCGUCGGCGGCCACACGGGGGCGCCGCAGGUCAGCUUCUCCCAGCCGGCCUGUCCGGACCACAUGCUGCUCGGCAGCCAGCUCCUGGGGACCCCUGGGUCCAGUCAGACGCCGUGGCAGCGCCUGGUCCGGAGGAUGACGCGUUUCUUCACUACUCUGGGGGCGGAGCCGUCCUGCGUCGCUCUCAGGGACACCUGCGCCACCAUGGGCUACACCUGGAAGCAGACCUGCACCAAUCAGGCAACCGUCUCCACAAUGGAUCGUCGUAACAACAAGCUGAUCUUCAAGGUGCACUUCCUGGAAAUGGAGUCGAGGAUCCUGGUGGACUUCAGGCUCUCGAAGGUAAAUGCUCACAGUUAGCGCGGAUCAUUUGGAAAGGGAUUACCGUCCCGCAGUUUAGCCUGGUCUUUAGCCUGCCAGAAACGCAUUCUCCUCAUAGGUCAUAGGAGUUGUUAGCGUAGCUCGUUAGCCGCUAAUUCUGAUUAACUAACGUCUGUGUGUGUGUGCUUCCCCCCCUUCCCGGGCGACGGCUUGGAGUUCAAGAGGCACUUCCUGAAAAUCAAACGCCAGCUCUCCGACAUCGUCAGCAGCCAGAAGGUUCCGCUGCCCGUCACAUGACGGGGGAGGGGAGAGCGAAGCGCCGACGCGCCCGCGUCCUGACCCACGCCGCUGCCCGUGCUGCACGCGCACGUUUUUGGUUUUUUUUUGGCGGGAGCGAGACGGUUUAAGAGGCAGCUCCUGUGCUCACGCCACUCGCAGGUCAAUCAUCACGUUUUUCCGUUUUGUCGUCUCUCGAAUCGAUGAGAGACGAGUAUAUGAGCCAUACUCCAUUUUGUUUUUCAUCAUUCCUCAGGCAGUAUUGUGUGAGUGGUUUUGCUUUAAUGUUUUUAUUUACAGUUAUUUGGGUAUUUCGAUGAAGUGCAAAGCCUUUUUGCGAGUUGAGGGAGGAACCAUCACGUGCUAACGUGCUAACUUUGCAUGUCCGUUCACCACCUCCUCCACCGUUAACAACUGUUCAUAGAGCCCUUUUCUCAAGCAGGAAUUUAUGUGACCAGACCAAAUGAGGGCCUCUAUUAGCAAACUGUAGAGUCUCCUGCCACCCCCCCCUCGAUAUUCCAGUCUGUAUUUUUAACACCGGAACUUAUGUGACCAGAACGAAUGAGGGCCUCUGAUAACAAACUCUAAAUGGCACUAAAAGCCAAACUGUAUAUUCUGUUGCCCCUUCCACCAACCCCCCCCCCCGAUACUGAGAACACUGGAACUUCCGUCUUCCUCUUGUUGAAGCUGAAACAUUCCACAUCCAAUGUGAUACGUCUGAAUGCUCGUGGAGUGCCAUACUCUGGCGUUGGAUGUUAUGUACUGAAAUCUAGAGCCAGAACCUGCUGUAGUUAAACAUUUGAGAGAAUAGGCGGGACUAGUGGUCUGGGUGGGUCCAUAUAAUCUGCCCGCCCCAACCGUGACCCGCCCAGUUUACCGCAGAGGGGGCGGAGCUAAAGCACUCUACACUGGUGCUGAAGCGAACGGGAACAAAUGGAUGAGCAGCAUCCUGUGCAUGCUUCAGUACAGCGGAUCCAAUUCCUCUGCCCCCCCAACCUGCCCUGGGGCCUGUAGUCCUGCCCUGGGUUCCAUCUGCCCACCCUGGGCCCUCCUCACUGCCUCUGUGACUUUUAUAUUUGUGUGUGAUCGAAAUGAGUGAAAGCAGUAAUAAAGUUUCUGUGUUUAAUGUA